UCGAAAGAAAGAUGAUCAGGUCAUCUUUCUUCGAGCAUUUUUUUUUUACUAACGUGCAGCUUGCCAACGAAGACGACAAAGAUGUCACUGCCUUGGCAAGGCUGUGUUGUUUCAUCCUAGGUUUUUUUUCCUCCUAGAAAGGCAGUUCUCAAUAGCUUCAAAGCCAAAUAAAUGUUGGUUUGACUAGACACAAUGAACAGCUAGACUUUUAAACACACCUGCUUCUCUACAAGAUCAACAGUCAAGUUUUAAUGAUCACUGUCCAGUCUGCCUAACGGGAAGAUGAAUUAUCCUCAAACGGACGGGGACGAAAAAGUGCUGAACGAGGAGCUGGAGUGCAAAAUCUGUUACCAGAAAUUCAACCUCCAGAGUCGCAAGCCCAAACUCCUGGACUGCCUCCACCGAGUGUGUGCAAAAUGCCUCACUAAAAUCCUUCAGGUAGGAAGCGGCUCGCUUCACAUCAGCUGCCCUUUCUGCCGGCAUGAAACAGAGCUGCAGGAAGAAGAAGUAGAAGGACUUCCUGAUGAUUUGAACAUCUUGUCCAGACUGGUCACCAAAGACAAGUCGACAUGGAAUUCAGAGUGCAAGGAAGUCCUCCUGACACCGAAGAACUUGGCUUCGUCAAGUCCUUCGCGCGGCUCCUCAAACUGCCUGGUGAUAACCAUCAUGGAAGUACAGAGAGAUUCCCCCCGGACUCCCAGUCAAAACAUCCUCUCGGAUUAUUACACAGAUCACAGCCUGGACUCGGAAUCUGUCAAUUCCACCAACCAGUUAGACCAAGACGUUUUCUCCAAGCUCUGUAAUCAUGUCCCCAGAAUACUAGUGUGGCUGCUUGGUUUUUUUUAUUUCGGUUCUUUGCCCCUCGGUAUCUAUUUAUUAGUGAUUCAGAAAGUCACUCUGGGAAUUGUCUGUGUCAGUCUCGUGCCAUCCAGUCUGACGGUGUGUCUUGUGUACGGUUUUUGUCAGUGCCUCUGCCAGGGAAUGUGCGACUGUUCUUCUAGAAAUUGAUGCCAAACGCAAACGGAUAUUGAGACAGCUCAAAGUCUACACGAUGGGUUUUUUUUUUUUUAAAAAAAAAAUGUGACUGUAAGUAAAAAAAGAAGAAGAAGAAGAAGGACACCGGUCUAUGAACUGGUGUUUUCAACAUUCCAUUCUUCUGACUACAGUAAUGAAUAAAGAUGAUUUUUCUGGAAAGAUAAAAUCUUUAUGUGGGAGAAGUCUGGCAUCUUGAAAAUGCGAUAUUGUCUUAUUUGACCGAAGCUGCUCAAAACACUGGCUGAGUUACAAGGAGGAGAAAUUGAGCUGAUGUCUCUGAAUGGAGCCUUUUAAUAUAUUUCGAAGGCUGCCUCUUAACUCAAUCACAAAUUGGACCAGAACCUAGCGAGAAGAAUGCUUUCCCCUGAGAAGUUAUUUUCCUGACUCCCCAGACUGUUACGUCAAUGGUGUGUGUGUGUGUGUGUGUGUGUGUGUGUGUGUGUGUGUGUGUAUGUGUGUGUGUGUAAAAGAGAUAAAUUGCUUUGUUAAACUAGGGCCAUGCUUAAUUUGAUUCACGGCUUUGUUGAAGAAAGCAGCUACGAAUUUAUCUUUUGCUCUGCUAAGAAGCAGGAGAGAUCAAGGACUGCGAUUUUUGAACUCUUCACACACUUUAGCCAAUGUUUAAUUAAAGAAAAAUAUAUAGCUCUGUAUGUGCUACAGUCUGAAAAAUAAACUAGACUGUUUCUGGCAAUGUAGACUUCUCUGAUAAAAGUUUAGAUCUCACUUGUAUAUCGAGGCAUAGUGUUGCUCAAUCAAAACGAGCAGUUUUUAUGUAUGUGGCUAUGUAUCCAUACAUUGUAUAUGGUUAUGAAGCUGGUACACUAAAAAGUAAGAGAGUUCUGUUUUAUUGUAGGCGCCUGUCUUAUUCUGCCAUAGACAAUUCUAUCAGUUAAAAAGGAGCAUGCGACAACA